GGCGGGGCUGCAGCGGAGGCACUUUGGAAGAAUGACUCUGGAGUCCAUCAUGGCGUGCUGCCUGAGCGAGGAGGCCAAGGAAGCUCGGCGGAUCAACGACGAGAUCGAGCGGCAGCUCCGCAGGGACAAGCGGGACGCCCGCCGGGAGCUCAAGCUGCUGCUGCUUGGGACGGGAGAGAGCGGCAAGAGUACGUUUAUCAAGCAGAUGAGAAUCAUCCACGGGUCGGGCUACUCUGAUGAAGACAAAAGGGGCUUCACCAAGCUGGUGUAUCAGAACAUCUUCACGGCCAUGCAGGCUAUGAUCAGAGCCAUGGACACGCUCAAGAUCCCCUACAAGUACGAGCAUAAUAAGGCUCAUGCACAGUUGGUUCGAGAAGUCGACGUGGAGAAGGUGUCUGCUUUUGAGAAUCCAUACGUAGAUGCAAUCAAGAGUUUGUGGAAUGAUCCUGGAAUCCAGGAAUGCUAUGAUCGACGACGAGAGUAUCAGUUGUCUGACUCUACCAAAUACUAUCUUAAUGACUUGGACCGCGUUGCUGACCCCGCCUACCUGCCUACGCAGCAAGAUGUGCUUAGAGUUCGAGUCCCCACCACAGGGAUCAUCGAAUACCCCUUUGACUUACAAAGUGUCAUUUUCAGAAUGGUCGAUGUAGGGGGCCAAAGGUCAGAGAGAAGAAAAUGGAUACACUGCUUUGAAAAUGUCACCUCUAUCAUGUUUCUAGUAGCGCUUAGUGAAUAUGACCAAGUUCUCGUGGAGUCGGACAAUGAGAACCGAAUGGAGGAAAGCAAAGCACUCUUUAGAACAAUUAUCACCUAUCCCUGGUUCCAGAACUCCUCGGUUAUCCUAUUCUUAAACAAGAAAGAUCUUCUAGAGGAGAAAAUUAUGUAUUCCCACCUAGUUGACUACUUCCCGGAGUAUGAUGGACCGCAGAGAGAUGCCCAGGCAGCUCGAGAAUUCAUCCUGAAGAUGUUCGUGGACCUGAACCCAGACAGUGAUAAAAUUAUCUACUCCCACUUCACGUGCGCCACAGACACCGAGAACAUCCGCUUUGUCUUUGCUGCCGUCAAGGACACCAUCCUCCAGUUGAACCUGAAGGAGUACAACCUGGUCUAAUUGUGCCUCCUCGACACCGCCCUUCCCUUCCCUGGUGGGCUAUUGAAGCUGUACAAGAGGGACUGUAUUUCUGUGGAAAACAAUUUGCAUAAUACUAAUUUAUUGCCGUCCCGGACUCUGUGUGAACGUGUCCACAGAGUUUGUAGUAAAUAUUAUGAUUUUAUUUAAACUAUUCAGAGGAAACACAGGAUGCUGAAGUACAGUCCCAGCACAUUUCCUCUCUCUCUUUUUUUUAGGCAAAACCUUGUGACUCAAUGUAUUUUAAAUCCUCGUCAUGCACUCGCCCAGAUAAGGGUUGUUUCUUUCUCUUUUUUUUUUUUUUCUUUUCUAUUGAGCAAAACAAAGCUGAUUGCCCUUCCGCUAACCCAUACCCGCCGCCCCACCCCCACCCCGAUUUUUCCCCGGUUACAAUGGCCUUUACCUUAGUUCCAUUCCUGGUCAAGUUUUUCUCCCAAAUGAUACAGUCAGGACAGCAUCAUUUGAUUUAAGCCAUUGACAUCAGCUUAAUUUCAAUGUUUGUAGUUUCGCUGAAGGAUUCUAAAUAUUAAUACUGUGGUUUUCACUGUAUGGCCCUGGAUACACAUACAGAGUUGUUUUAUAUAAAUAUAUUGUCUUGCCUCACGUUGGGCUAGGAUGACGGUUGCCCAUCUUACGGUUAAGUGUCAUUCCUUUUGGAUUUCUACCUUCAGCCAUAGCUUGGUCGCUCAGAGAGAGAGAUGCACAAGUCAGUAAGGCAAGAACAGAGACACAAAGUUUUUGUUUUUUUAAAUGCCAUGUGCCAUGGUCCUUCCACCCACCCUUUUUUUUUUAACCCUCUCUUUAAAUUGCAGAUGCCAAAAAAUAUAUGUAUGUAUAUGCCAACAGACACUACAUGACCCCAAAGGCUGCUACCCAGAACCUUUUUCUUAGGUUGUUCUUGGUUUCUCCCCCUCUUGGUUCAGGUUUUUCCUCCCUUUUUUCCCCCCUUAGUGUUUGGGCCAGAAUUUAUUAUGGGUGUAUGUUGCCAAAGCUGGCUUUUUAUAAAAGGAAAAUGGUGAAAAUGUAAAAGAUAAAAGCCAGUAUCUUAAAAUGGAAGAGAGUAAGACUGAGUCCUAAAGUAAUUGGCUGAGAACAACCCCGAAACACCAAACAAUCAGUAACUGUAAAUUUGAUUGGCAUGGUCCAUUCUUUUCUUUGCCGUGAGAUCGUAUUGUUCAGUGUCCAUUCCAUGUUGCGUGUCCAGAUCGGCAAUGUAACACAGUGUCUUUGUGAUAGAACACGAAAUCUGCUAUCUCGUCACUUAAAGCCAGUGUUACUCUUUGUGUUCUUUAAGGUCAAGAAGGUCAGCCAAGAACAUUGGUUGAGUAUUCUGAUGCCUCUAAUUUGCAAAACCUUUACUUCCUGCUGGUUUACCACCUUUGGGAUCUUUCUAAACUGGUCACUGGCUAAGUUGAACCUAAGGAAGACUUGUGGACUCAAGAGUAGCUUGUCAGCGUUCUAUAGAACAUGUAUUUAUGUAACCGAACCUACUAGGAGAGAUAUUGGGAGUUCUCUACGUGCAAUUUAUCAACAAAUGCAAAG